AGCACCAACGGCCUCUGCUGCUCGCAUCCUGUCCGGUGAAGAUAGCGGGCGGCUACAGAACCAAACCCAGUCUGUGACUGCUGUAUUUCCUAAUUAAAUCAAUUGAACAUUGAUUAUAAUAACUCAGACCGCCGUGAACGAUAAAUACCGAGCACAAUGAUCCGCUUUAUCCUCAUCCAGAAUCGGGCAGGGAAGACCCGGCUGGCCAAGUGGUACAUGCAGUUUGAUGAUGAUGAGAAGCAGAAGCUGAUUGAAGAGGUUCAUGCCGUGGUGACAGUCCGUGAUGCCAAACACACCAACUUUGUCGAGUUCAGAAACUUCAAGAUCAUUUACAGGCGAUACGCAGGCCUGUACUUCUGCAUCUGUGUGGAUGUGACAGACAAUAACCUGGCUUACCUGGAAGCUAUUCACAACUUUGUUGAGGUUUUGAAUGAGUAUUUCCACAAUGUGUGUGAAUUAGACCUGGUCUUCAAUUUCUACAAAGUGUACACAGUGGUGGACGAGAUGUUUCUGGCAGGAGAGAUCAGAGAGACCAGCCAGACCAAGGUGCUCAAGCAGCUCCUCAUGCUGCAGUCUUUGGAAUAACGAGCCUGUCAAUCAGUCAAUCAACCAUCUCCACAGGCUCCGCCCAUCUCCACAGGCUCCGCCCACCCCGCUGCAGCCGAGCCAUAUUAUUCAUGUUGUAUGGAUGUCGUCUUGCUGAAAUGCAUCCACAAACAUUUCACCUUUUCUUAAAAUUCCAUGUCCACGAUGAAGGAUGUUGUUAUUCUGUUUAAAUUGGUGUUUAUUAAACCUCCCCAGUUAUUGACCUAUUUAUUCAUCGGCAUAGCCAGAAUUGAAUACUUCAGCAAUUUUAUAGUACAUUAGACUUCAGUGUCUCGGACUGGCAACCUUUCCAAGUCCGUUCAUUAACACUAACACAGAUAACAGUAUCACGUUGGCCAAAAUCUGCCAUGGCACGGAAGCAUUGGUCCUGUUAAUGCAAAAUCCAUGGGCUGCACUACUAUAUAUAACCAACAAACAAAUCCUCCCCAAACAUGUCCAGCUCAUUUAAUGACACAUUCAAAUCAAAUGAUAAAAACUCUGUGAAGAUUUUGUAUUGUGUACAUUAUAUAUGCAUCUAUUUUAAAUGUAAAUGUUAUGAACUAACCAGUCAUUCCAGGCAUCUGAACUUUUUCCUUUUCAUGCUCGUUUCACGUCUGUUGGUUUUAUGGAGAACUCGAGCCAAUGAUUAGCGAGCGCUUUAGAGAACAAGGCUGAGUGGAAGAAUGGAACUCGGGGGGAAAUGACAAAAGAUGGUCUACUUUUAAUUUCCCCUUUUGUGGCGCCGGUUCCCUCGCGCCAAGAGCUCUAUGGCAACUGCUCAGCCUCGAAACGUUCCAUUACAGUUCGAUUCAUGAGUUAUUAUGAGAAUCUGUCUUUAUUUUGUAUGUGUAUGUUUUAUAUUGUCUUUCUUUUUGUCUCUUCUGCCUUAGUCCAACGUAUUCUAGAUCUGCCUAUUAGUCCCUGUGAGACUGCGGAGUAAAAGCUGAUGUAAGUCGUGUUACUCUCGCGUGUGUGUUGCUGUCAGUGUAUAUAUCCAUGAAGGUGAAAUAAAGAAAAUUAAAAAUGUG